ACGCUACCCUCGCCAGCCACGUUAGACGCGGUACCACGCAGCCGAGAGGCUACUCCCGGCCCACAAGGCCCUGCGCGGCGCGGCACGUCACUCGGAACGGCGGGUCCUGGCGCGACAGGUCUUCUCUGUCAGUUAAAAUGUCUACCAUUUUAUCUGCCUCCAUUAUUCGUGUCAGGGAUGGACUGCCACUUUCGGCUUCUACAGAUUAUGAACAAAGCACAGGAAUGCAGAAGUACAGAAAAUAUUUUAAGAUGCUCUCAAAGAAACUUGCUCAACUUCCUGAUAGAUGUACACUGAAAACUGGACAUUAUAACAUUAAUUUUAUUAGCUCCCUGGGAGUGAGCUACAUGAUGUUGUGUACAGAAAAUUACCCAAAUGUUCUCGCAUUCUCUUUCCUGGAUGAGCUUCAGAAGGAGUUCAUUACUACUUAUAGCAUGAUGAAGACAAAUACCGCUGUCCGACCAUACUGUUUCAUUGAAUUUGAUAACUUUAUUCAGAGGACCAAGCAGCGAUACAAUAAUCCCAGGUCUCUUUCUACAAAGAUAAAUCUGUCUGACAUGCAGACGGAAAUCAAGCUAAGGCCACCUUAUCAAAUUCCUAUGUGUGAAUUGGGGUCAGCCAAUGGAGUCACAUCUGUAUUUUCUGCUGACUAUAAAGGUGCUGGUAAGAUUUCUUCUGCUCACCAGCGACUAGAACCAGCAACUUUGUCAGGGAUGGUGGCAUUUAUCCUUAGUCUUUUAUGUGGAGUUCUGAAUUUAAUUCGAGGUUUUCAUGCCAUAGAGAGUCUUCUGCAGAGUGAUGGAGACGAUUUUAAUUAUAUCAUUGCAUUUUUCCUUGGAACAGCAGCUUGCCUUUACCAGUGUUAUUUACUUGUCUACUAUACCGGCUGGCGAAAUGUCAAAUCAUUUUUGACUUUUGGCUUAAUCUGUCUGUGCAACAUGUAUCUCUAUGAACUGCGUAACCUCUGGCAGCUCUUCUUUCAUGUGACUGUGGGUGCAUUUGUUACACUACAGAUCUGGCUGAGGCAAGCCCAGGGCAAGGCUCCGGACUAUGAUGUGUGAUACCACCCUUCAGAUAUAUUGCCUUGACUUCAGGAAGGAAAAGAGAGGACAUAUUUUAACUGCCACUGUGAUGAUGAAACAGAUCACAACAAAUGAGAAGCUCAGAAUUCUUUCUCAUCAUCUUUCCAUUUCUUAUAAAUCAGCAUAGCAUGCCCAUGAGCAUGCAAGACCUGCUAGGAAUAUUCCUCUCAGAAGAACAUGGACAGUCAAAGUAUUCUGAGGAGAAGGAACAAGAGGAGCCUUAUGUCUUCAGGGCCAUCGCAGUGGAAGAAUAGGCUGAUGCCCCUGGAAGGAAGACCUGGCUGGCAGUCCAGAAUUCUCUCCAAAAGAGUUCAGUCAAAACCUAGCCAUGGAGCUUGCUCUGAGGACCAAGCAGGAAUGCUACAACCUGAGUUUGCCUUUGUGAGGCAAAAAAGUAUAGACAAAAUUGAAAGAUGCUGCAAAAAUGGGAAAAGUUUAUAUUUUAAAGCAAACUGUGCUAGAUAUCAGAUUAUUUGCACAUUAUAAUACUAAGAAAUUAUGAAUUCCA